UUCGCCGGCCCUGUUCGGCCCCCAACGAAGAAUAAAUCCGAACGCGCUCGUUGGCUCUGUGCGACGCCGUCCGCGGCGCUGCCGUCGCUGCUAUCGCGUCGCUUGCGCCACGCGGGGGCGCCGCUGCGCCGCCGGGCAGCGCGACAUCCUCGCGCGGUGACCCCGCUCGCCCGGGUGAUAAGGCGCCACGCCGCUCCGCCCCGCAGCCACAGCUCGGCUCGGCGCUGCCCCACGAAGAGGAGGACGCAGGGCGCGGAGAGACCCCGGAGGGCGAUGGAGGCGGCGAUGGAGGUGGCGGCGGACGCGGCGGUGGCGGCGCUGGCGGCGGUGCUGCUGACAGCGCUCCUGCCGGCGGCCCUGGCACUCGCGCUACUCAUGACCGUCGGGCGCGGCGCGUGGCUGCGCUGGCUGGAGCGGCGCCAUCCGGAGCUGGAGCUGGAGCGGCGCACGCGCGUGGCCGCCGCCAUGGACUCGCAGCGCUGCCAGGGGUUGGCCACGGCGCUGCUGGCGCUGCGCGGACGCCUGCCGCGCCAGCGCCUCCUCCGCGCGCUGCAG